AUGGCGGCCGCCAAUGCUGCCUCUGGUAUGCCUCCGCAAGGCGGACCAGGAGGCUAUCCUGGGCAGCCACAGUACCAAGCGUACCCAGGUGCCGGUGCCGGUCCUCCCGGGCCCGGCGCUGUGCAGGCGCCUAGUUCUUACGCGCAACCACAGCCGGGUCCUCCUAUGCCACCACGACCCAACUCGUACGCUCCUCCCCAGUCACCCUUCACACAACCACCUCCUCCAAACUACGGCGCAUCUUCACCGUAUCCCCAAGCGCAGUCGGGGUAUAACAGACCUCCCCCGCCACCACCGGGCCAACAGCCUCAGUCCCCAUAUCCUCAGUCUCAGUCUCCGUAUCCCCAGUCGCCAUUCCCACAGUCUCCACAGGCAGGACAAGCACCACCAGCCCAGUGGAACCAGGCCCAGAUGUCGCAACCAUACGGACAGCAACCCCCUCAACUCUAUGGACAGCACAGCCAGUGGGGACAGCCGCAACAACCUGCUUAUGGACAACCACAACCACAAUAUGGUCAGCCUUACGGUCAACCCUAUGGUCAGCCACCGGGUUACCAGCAAAAUGUUUGUACCGAUCCACAAUAUCUCCCUGCUCGACCUGGUGGGCCACCAGGACAACCUCCUCAGGGACAGUACGGCGCUCCUCCGCCUCAAGGUGGAUAUGGAGGCGCUCCUCCUCUACAGCAGGUCCAGGGUAGUCCCGCUGAGGUAGAAGGCUACAAACAGCUACUCCAAGCUUGUAUCCAGGAAAAGAACCUUCAGCCCUUCUACCCGCCAGGCGACCCUAGAAUCGCCCAGAUUGCUCAAGAGGCUUCGUCAAAGAUCAAUCAGGUCAUUCAACGCUGGCGCAUCCAGAAGGAGAUUGCCAAUGAUAUUGUCAAGCUCGCAUUGUACGACAUUGUUCUGUACAUUGACGACAGUGGUUCCAUGCAGUUCGAAGAGGAGGGUAGCCGUAUCAAGGACUUGCGCCUUAUCCUGGAGCGAGUUUCUUUUGCUGCUACACUCUUCGACGCAGAUGGUAUCUCCCUUCGCUUCAUGAACACUGAUCUCUCCGGUGUUCGCGAUCAGCAGGGUCGACCUAUGCAGGAUGGCGUCUGCACAGAGGCCCAAAUCGAACAGGUUAUGCGCGGUGUCCAAUUCAAGGGCCUCACGCCCAUGGGUACUGCUAUGCGACAAAAGGUUAUUGAUGGUAUAGUUCUCGAUAGGGCGAGGAGUGGCCAGCUGCGCAAGCCUGUAUUGGUCAUUGCUAUCACAGACGGUCAACCCGCUGGAGAGCCCCAGAACGCCAUCUUCGACGCCAUCUCAUAUGCCUUUGAUACCCUCAAGGGCCUUCCUCAGUAUGGUCGCGGUGCUGUCGCAUUCGAGUUUGCUCAGGUUGGCAACGAUGAGGCGGCCAGGAAGUUCCUCAGUAAACUUGACGAGCACCCCGUCAUCGGCCCCGAGGUCGACUGCACUUCCAACUUCGAGAACGAACAAGAGGAGAUGGCACGUGCCAACCCACCUGUAGACCUGACUCCGGACCUAUGGAUCAUCAAGCUGCUUCUAGGUGCCAUCGAUCGCAGCUACGAUAGCAAGGAUGAGAAGACCAGCCAGGCCCCUGCUGGCUACGGAGCUCCCCAAGGACAAUACGGAGCUCCCCCUCCAGGCCAGUACGGCGCACCUCCACAGCAAUACGGUGGACCUCCUCCUCAGGGCCAGUACGGAGCCCCGCCUCCAGGACAGUAUGGUGCGCCUCCUCAGCAGCAGUAUGGUGGAGCCCCUCCUCCAGGUCAAUACGGAGCCCCUCCUCCAGGUCAGUUCGGUCAGCAACGGCCGCCUCAAGGUGGUCCAGGCGGACCAGGCGGACCAGGCGGACCAGGCGGACCAGGCGGACCCGGAGGCUAUCCAGGUCAGCAGCAGUACAGUGCUCCGCCUCCAGGUGGCAGAUACUAG